CUAUUUACUUACCACGCUGCUUUUCUUACAGAAUAACAGGCAAAUGAUCCUACGAAUACCGCGGACUUAUAACCUACCUUGCUAAUCGUCUCAAUUACUACCUCGGCCUAUUAAGAGCUUGGAAACCCAUCUCACCACUAUCAUGGCGACUUCCGCUAGAGCAGAUAAACAGAUAGCUCACGAUCGACGGCGCGCAGGAGAAAUUGCACUAAGCGACUUUGCAGAAUAUGUCGAGCAGCAGCAGAAGCUUCGGAGGCCGGGUGGGACAACUGCUGGUGAUGCUGGUGACGCCGCAGAAGACCACGAUGAGCUUGACAUCAUUGAAUCUCUGGGGCUUGCGGAUGACUCACAGCCGAGCUCAGCUCUCAAGGAUCUCCUCUUGGGCCCUCGUGAAGACAAUGGUCCCCGGCUCCGGGAGCUUCUAUUGUCGAGAAUAAAGGAGGGCCGUGGGGAAACGCUGUUCGAGGUCGGGGUGGAUAAUAACAGCGCCGAGUCAAUGGAGUUCACCAAGGAGGAAUAUGAGCAGGCAAUUGAGGCGGUUAAAGCUGCGGCUACGGAGAUUAGAGCGGCGGUAACGGUGCUCAUAACAAGCAAUCUUGGUGUGAAUGGGGAAGAGCCAACAGAUGGAAAAGGUGUGACAUCUACAGUGCUAAUACGUCAGAGGCCCGAGUCACUUGAAGGCCUGUUGGAAAUUAGGGUGGCUGUUGUCGGAAAUGUUGAUGCGGGGAAGUCAACUAUGCUGGGGGUCCUAACAAAAAAUACACUUGAUGACGGACGAGGUAAGACUCGUGUCAAUCUUUUCAGACAUAAGCAUGAGAUCGAGUCAGGAAGAACUAGUUCCGUAGGGAUGGAAAUCCUUGGGUAUGACGCUGAGUCCAAAAUUGUGGGGAGCAACGACCCCGGCCGGAAACUCAAAUGGGAGGAGAUUGGGAAUCGCUCUGCAAAAGUUAUCUCAUUCACCGAUCUUGCCGGUCAUGAAAGAUAUCUCCGUACCACCGUCUUUGGCCUUUUGGGCACUUCCCCGGAUUACGUGAUGCUGAUGGUGGCUGCGAAUAACGGUCUGAUUGGGAUGUCUCGUGAGCAUUUGGGUAUUGCGCUGGCGUUGAAUGUUCCGGUUCUGGUUGUGAUAACAAAAAUCGACAUUUGCCCGCCACAAAUUCUCAAGCAAACCAUUGACCAGAUAACCAAAAUUCUGAAAUCUCCUGGGGCAAGGAAAAUACCGAUUUUCGUCAAGGAUAAAACAGAUGUUGUCAACACCGCGAAACAAUUUUUUGAUACCAAUACUUCCUUCGAGUUCCAUGUUAACGACUGCUUUUCGGUGCCAUUCGUUGGUACUGUGGUGUCCGGAGUCGUUAAAAGCGGCGUGAUCCAUGCCGGUGACCCGAUACUCAUUGGCCCAGACAGUUUGGGGAACUUUAUCACUACCUCCAUUAGGUCUAUUGAGCGGAAACGUAUAGCAGUCCCGGUCUGCUCCGCUGGUCAAAGUGCUUCGUUCGCCUUAAAAAAAGUACGACGAAGAGAAGUGAGAAAGGGGAUGGUUGUUCUCCCAAGAAGUGAUAGCCCCCCAAAGGCGCACCAAAGAUUUGUUGCGGAAGUCCUCAUCCUAUCCCACGCAACCACCAUAAAGCCGAAAUAUCAGGCCAUGUUGCAUGUCGGCCCUGUCAGUCAAACUUGCCGAAUUAUCGACAUCAAUAAAGACCUCAUGAGGACUGGUGAUAGAGCUACCGUUGCUUUUGAAUUCUGCCAGAGACCGGAAUUCCUCUGCGCCGGCGACAAGCUCCUAUUCAGGGAAGGCCGAACAAAAGGUCUCGGAAUAGUAAAGUCCCUAGGCUACGAUACAAACACCCCGCUAGAGCGAGAUGAACAGGGGAAAUCAAAAGGAUCAUGAUAACCUCCCACAAGGGCUUGGUUUCUUCAUCACAAAAAAAAAACGAUCUGGCCCUUGAUGCCACUCCUCAAUUCACCUAUUCCUUAACCUAAACACCACCUCACGGUAGUUACAAGCAACAGAACGCAUGAAAUGGGGGAGAUUUCUGGUGUUCCAUUAUGAAUGGCCAGAUUUUUCGUUCUUUCUCGUUCAACUUCCUUUUUUUUUCUAUUAUGAUAUUUCUUUCUUUUCCCCUAAGCUUACGUUGAGUUUUGUGAAUUUUUCAAAAAAAAAAAAACAAUUGGUAGGAAGGGCAAGAACUAUUAUUCUCUUGGUUUCGUCUCUCUUUUACUUUUUGUGUUUUUCUCUUUCUUUUGAGAAAAUUUCGGUUAUGAAUCAUGUCCUCUAGCACUACCUGUCCCAUAUAUUUGCGAGCACAGCACUUUACAGAUUGUCUAUUUGGAUAAUAAUGUGGUAUAAAGUUUCAAACGG